UGUGUUUAUUUAUUCUCAAUAAUUUCAGUGAUGAACUCGGCGAUAUGUAGUGGCAUUUUCCGUCCUCUGACGGGCCUUUAUGACUACUGUUAUUGGGUGAUAACAUCAAUGCAGAGCAGCGAGCAGAGUAACCAAUUGUGUGGACAAGAUGGCGGCACGCUGGCCUGGAUAAAUAGUCCAGAGGCCCAGGCUUUUGUGGAUAAAACGUUUAACCAGACAUUGGCGACUUUGGCGACCCUUUACAUCGGUGUCCAGGACGCUGACGUCAGUGGGGACUAUCGUGAAUACAAUGGGGAGAAACAGUACUACUUUAACUGGGACUCCACCGUGUAUACACCCCCUGGACGUCCGGAUUGGCACUGUGUCAUGCUUUACUAUGACGUCAAUAGCGCUGUCUACUUUAAAUGGCGGGAAACAACAUGCAUUUUUCCUAAACAAGCACUUUGUUCAAGGAUGAUACAGCGAGAAUAUCUGUCCUCCUACUUUGAUCAAAUCCACGUCGGUAAAACUUUUUCCGGACACGAAGUUGUUGUGCUGGAAAACUUAAGCUUCAUACGCUGCGCCUUUGCUUGUCAGAUGAACAUCAGAUGUAGAUCCCUCAAUCAUGACGCCACGAACAGACGAUGCACCAUCAAUGACGCAAGAGCCGAGACUGACCCCACUCAACUGACUGCGGCUCCUAAUGUUAACUACUAUACUGUUUAUAUAUAAGCAUAUCGCCUUCUACAUG